AAAAUUUAUAUCUGAUAUUUUCCUAUAUAUAAAAAGCAAACCAAAGUUCCACAUAAAAAACCCAAACCAAACUUAUAAAGACACACAUUGUUCUGUUUUCACUUUCCAGUGAACACUAUCAUCUACUCUUUCUUCCAAACAGAGAAACCAAAACAAUGGAUACAAUCAAAUCCUUCAAAGGUUACGGCAAAGUAGACGAAAUAGAACAACAAGCAUUUCAAAAAAAGACACGUAAGCGCAUGAUAACCAUAAUAAUCUCUUCCGUUAUUCUAUUAGCGGUCAUCAUUGCCGCAGUAGCAGGAGUCCUCAUACACAAGCGCACCACCCAAUCAUCUCCUUCUUCAUCUGACUCGCUCCCUAACACUGAGUUAAACCCGGCCGCGUCACUCAAAGCCGUUUGUCACGCGACUCAGUACCCUAACUCGUGCUUCUCCGCAAUCUCUUCUCUUCCAGAUUCCAACACCACUGACCCCGAACAACUCUUCAAGCUUUCACUCAAAGUCGCCAUUGAUGAACUCGCCAAACUCACGCGCUUUCCUUCCAAGCUCAGCGCGCGUGCAGACACGCGCCUUAAGAAAGCUAUUGGUGUUUGCGGUGAAGUUCUCGACGACGCGCUUGAUCGUUUAAACGAUUCGAUGUCGUCGAUCGUCGGCGCCGGGAAGAUUCUAUCUCCGGAGAAGAUCCGUGAUGUUGAGACUUGGCUUAGUGCUGCUUUAACAGAUCAUGCUACGUGUUUGGAAGCUGUUGAUGAAGUGAACUCCACUGCCGCGCGUGGUGUUCUUCGCGAAAUUGAAACCGCCAUGAAAAACUCGACGGAGUUCGCGAGUAACAGUUUGGCGAUUGUGACGAAGAUUAUUGGACUUCUUUCAAAUUUUGAGACUUCGAAUCAUCACCGGAGGUUGCUCGGAGGGUUUCCGGAGUGGUUGGGAUCGGCGGAGAGAAAGCUUCUGGCAACUGAGGUGAACGAGACGAAGCCGGAUGCGGUGGUGGCGAAGGACGGUACUGGACAGUUCACGACGAUAACGGAGGCGCUGAAGAUGGUGAAUAAGAAGAGCGUGAAGAGGUUUGUGGUGUAUGUGAAGAAAGGGGAAUACAUAGAGAACAUUGAUAUAGAUAAGAAAACUUGGAAUGUGAUGAUUUAUGGUGAUGGCAUGUCGGAAACCGUCGUGCUCGGUAGCCGGAAUUUCAUGGACGGCACACCUACCUUUGAAACUGCCACUUUCGCUGUCAAAGGCAUGGGAUUCAUUGCUAAAGACAUAAAAUUUGUGAACACCGCAGGUGCAUCUAAGCACCAGGCUGUGGCAUUGCGAUCCGGCUCGGAUCGAUCUGUGUUCUACAGGUGUUCAUUUGUAGGAUACCAGGAUACCCUUUAUGCACAUUCAAAUCGUCAAUUCUACCGCGAGUGUGACAUUACAGGCACCAUAGAUUUCAUAUUCGGAAACGCAGCUGUGGUGUUCCAAAAUUGCAGAAUCAUGCCUAGGCAGCCAAUGUCAAACCAGUUCAACACAAUCACAGCUCAGGGAAAAAAGGAUCCAAAUCAGAAUACUGGAAUUGUGAUCCAGGGAUCAACUAUCACUACACUACCAAAUGACAAUCUCACAGCACCCACUUACCUUGGUAGGCCAUGGAAAGAUUUCUCCACCACUGUUAUCAUGAAAACAGAGAUUGGGUCAUUCUUGAAUUCAGUUGGGUGGAUAAGUUGGGUUUUCAAUGUUGAACCUCCAAGUACAAUCUUCUAUGCUGAAUACCAGAACACUGGGCCAGGAGCAGGCGUAUCGCAGCGAGUUAAAUGGGCCGGUUAUAAGCCCACUAUAAGCGACGAAGAAGCUCUAAAAUUCACAGUGGAUUCCUUUAUUCAGGGCCCUGAGUGGUUACCAAGUGCUUCUGUGCAGUUUGAGCCUACCUUGUGAUUUUAAUACAUCACUGGCCCAGUACAGAUUAAUAGUACCAUCAAAUUUAUUGUCCUGUAACACCCUUCUGUUGUAACUUGUAUUGUACUCAUUUUUUUGACCUGCUUUUCAAUGGUUUGUAAAAUUCGUAGUAAAUACAGUUUGGAAAGAUAUUUCAAAUCCAUAUGAUUAAACUUAUUCACUACCACCUACUGAUAGGAUUUAUAUACACAUUUAUAUUAUUGUUUAAAAAAA